AUGCCAGAGUGUUCGCAAUGCUUUCGCCAAAACAUCCAAUGCCCUGGUCACGAGACAGACUGGGACUUGCGUUUCAGAGAUGAGACCAAGCUUUUAGCUGCCGGAACCAACAAGAGAAAGGCCAAUAAAGCUGCGAAAUGUUCAACAAUUUCACCACCAAGUUCUCAGGACUCUCCAAGUCAGGCCAUCAGUAUCCGAACCAUGGAUAGGGCUGUGCCUUGCUUCAUAAUCUCGUAUAUAGAUAGCACAGUUUAUGGGGGCUACCUACCUCAGCUAGAUGCCGAAACUGUCUUGCAAAACUGUACACAAGGCGCUCUGGUCUCGACAAUACGAGCUGCAUCGAUGGCUGCCGUGGCCAGACGCCAUCGGAGUCAAGAGACCCUAUGUCUCGCAUUCAAAGAGCUCUCAACGGCGUUGGAACAAACUAAUGCCAGGCUUGCUGAACCAGCUGCGGCAAUGCUCAAUGCCACCCUUGGUGCUUCGCUUACCUUGGGUCUCUUCGAAUUAAUCGUCUCCACUGGCAAAGAGAACAUCAAUAGCUGGACACCUCAUACUCUUGGAACUAUGGCAUUGUUGCGUUUACGAGGACUUCAACAAUUCGGAGACAUCCUCGGUCGACCUAUGUGUAUCCAUGCUGCCUACAACAUCCGUGUCAGCUGCAUUAAGCGCGCUGUUGAGGUUCCUCAAGAUCUUAUUCGACUGGAAGAAGACUUUUACGAGACAUUCAAUUUCUCAAGGCUGGUCGAGACCACUAUUCAAUCAUGA